GAGUAAUGCUUUAUCAUCACACUGUUGUACUUUUAACCCAGUUAUCAAUGGCCUUCGUCCCACCUGGAACCCUCAGCAUCACGACUGGUGUCUCUCCACUAGAUAAAGUUUAAGUGCUGCAGCAGUGAGUGCAAUGAAUCGAACUACGAAGCACGAUAAUCCGAGCCCACAAGCAUCAGCUAAUGCAUUUGGAAAGGUAUUUUUCUGGUGGUUGAGGCCCUUAUUUGCCUAUGGAAAGAAGAAUGAUCUGGAGAGGAAAGAUUUAUACAACACCCUCGCUGCUGAUCUCAGUGAGCCACUUGGAAAUACUUUGGAAAAAAAUUGGAAUAGAGAGUUGGCAGCAGCACGUCAGUCAGGAAGAAAGCCAAAAUUGCUAAGAGCGAUCAUAAAAACAUUCAUGUUAUCCCACAUGUACUAUGGUGCCCUGGUAUUUCUUUAUGCAGCUGUGUGUCUGUUGCAGCCUUAUUCCCUCGGUCUUCUUAUCAACUACUUUACUCCAGAUUCAACAGUUACAGUGGAAGAAGCGUAUGCAUACGCUUCACUUGUCAUAAUAACAUCACUUAUUACGGCACUGUCUUUUCACCAUUCAAACAAGGGACAAGAGGAAAUGGGAAUGAGAUUGCGUAUCGCAAGUUCCUCGUUGGUCUAUCGAAAGAUUUUAAAGCUGUCCAGAACUUCGGCGAACAGAAUCACCGGUGGCGAAAUAAUAAAUUUAUUAUCCAACGAUGUUGCAAGAUUUGAUCUGGUCUUUACACGUCUUCACUAUUUAUGGGCAAUGCCAAUCCAGAGUGUAGCAAUAGCGUAUUUAAUCUGGCAAAAUGUCCAGCUGGCUACUGUGGCCGGAAUUUUCGUUCUUCUCAUUCAGACAGUGCCCGUUCAAGUGUACUUCACGAGAUUGACAGCUAAACUACGAGCGAAAAUGGCAGUACGUACUGACGAACGUGUGCGACUGAUGAAUGAAAUAAUAACUGGUGUUCAGGUGAUUAAAAUGUACGCGUGGGAGAAGUCCUUCCUGCGGUUAGUUUCACUCGCAAGGAAACAUGAGAUUGAUGUUCUCACUAUAAUGGCAUAUUGGAGAGGAACAAUGCGCGCAUCACUGGUGUUCAUAGAACGAAUGACAUUAUUUUUUACAGUAAUGGUGUAUGUUCUUUCAGGACACACUCUAACAGCAGCCAAAGUAUUUUCUAUGGCACUGUAUUGGAAUCGUCUGCAAGCCGGUGUUGCGCAUUACAUGCCAAUGGGUUUGGCAUUUUUAUCGGAAGCCACUGUCACGAUAAAACGAUUGGAAAAAUUUUUGUUGCUGGAGGACAAUCAUCCACUGUCUGUUGAACAGGUAUCCGAGAAUGGAGCUUCAAUAAGAAUCGAUAAAGCCACUGCAUCUUGGGAUCGAGAGUCAUUGGUAAAGACAUUGUCAAAUAUUGAUAUGACAAUGAAAGCUGGGACAAUGACUGCAGUGGUGGGUCCAGUCGGUGCCGGAAAGAGUUCCUUAUUGCAAUUGAUUCUUGGAGAAUUAAGUUCAAGCGAUGGCCAUGUAACCGUUGGAGGAUCAGUGUCAUAUGCCAGUCAAGAGCCCUGGUUAUUUGGUGCAAGUGUGAGAAAUAAUAUACUCUUUGGACAGCCUUACGAUGAGUCGAGAUAUCGGCAAGUGGUGCGUGUCUGUGCCUUGACCAAGGACUUAACACAAUUUCCUCAAGGUGAUAAAACACUGGUGAGUGAACGUGGCAUGUCACUCAGUGGUGGACAACGUGCUAGAAUUAAUCUCGCAAGAGCUGUUUAUCAAAAAGCUGAUAUUUAUCUUUUCGAUGAUCCUCUAUCAGCUGUCGACGCGCACGUUGGUAGAAAUCUAUUCGAAGAAUGCUUCGUGAAAUAUUUAGCUAAUAAAACAAGAAUUCUAGUUACUCAUCAAGUACAGUACCUGAAGGAUGUUGAUUUCCUCGUUGUGCUAAACCAUGGAGUUGUCGAGAAACAGGGGACUUUCGAAAAUUUUGGACAAGAGGACUUCGCAAUGCUGCACGUGAGUGAUGCGGUAGAACAAAAGGAAAACCAAACGAAGGAGGAUGAAAUCGGUAACGGAAAAGUUCAUUUAAUUUCUGAAACAUCUCACUUUUCCGAGGGGGAUACAGAGGAGAGGGAGAUAGGUGAAGAACCUGAGGAAUCGGAGGAACUUAUGGGCAAGGGAAAAAUCUCAAAAUCACUGUUUUUGAAGUACUUCAAAUCCUCUGACAGUUAUUUUCUUUUUUUAAUGUAUCCUAUCCUUUUGAUAUUGGGGCAGUUGGGAAGCAGUGGCUCGGAUUAUUGGGUUGCUUAUUGGACUCGUCGAGUGGAAAUGCAACAAAACAGUAGCAUAGUGCGUGGCUAUUCUUUUAGUAAUGAGACUCUUGAACCUGGUGACCAUCACAAUGCCACGUAUUUUUCAAACAGUUCAAUGAACUCAAUCAACUCCACAAUCUUUGGACACAAUGAUCCUCAUUAUGAUACUAACACAGCACUUUGGAUUUAUGGAAUAUUGAUAGCCACGUGUACUAUUUUUACAACAGCUAGGAAUCUAGUGUUCUACAAAGUGUGCAUGAAUGCAAGCAGAAGUAUCCAUAAUAUCAUGCUUACAUGUUUACUGCACGCACCAAUGAGCUUUUUUGAUCAAAAUCCAUCAGGUCGUGUGGUAAAUCGUUUCGCCAAAGACGUAGGAUGUAUCGAUGAACUUCUGCCGAACGCUAUGUUAGAUUCUAUCCAGGUAUUCGCAGUAAUGAUUGGCAUAUUAUUUCAAGUGAUCAUCGUUAAAUGGUGGACCAUAUUUCCCAUAGCAGUGGUGGGAUACUUCUAUUGGAAAAUACGGACUUUGUUCCUGGCAACUGCACAGGAUCUAAAACGACUGGAAGGAAUCACCAAGAGCCCGGUGUUUUCGCAUGUAAAUACAUCUCUGGCUGGAUUACCCACCAUUCGAUCAGCUGGGGGGCAAGAGAUGUUGCGUAAGGAAUUUGAUAAUCUCCAGGAUGUUCACACCAGUGCUAAUUCGUUGUUGAUCUCCACUAGUACGGCUUUUAGUAUUUGGCUGGAUGCAGUGACUAUUAUUUUUGUUGCUUUUAUGACUUACAGUUUCAUCAUCGUUAGAAAUGAAACAACCUUCGCUGGAAGUGUUGGCCUGAUAAUAUCUCAAAUUUUGGUUCUCUGUGGGAUGGUUCAAAAUGGAAUGCGACAGACGGCAGAAAUGGUGGCGCAAAUGACAUCAGUUGAACGUGUUCUACAAUACACUAAAUUAGACACAGAGGGGUCCUUCGACAGUGCAAUUAAUUCAAAGCCACCGGCAACGUGGCCUUCUGAGGGACGAGUGGAAUUUGAUAACGUUUUCUUGAAAUAUUCACAAAAUGAUGCACCCGUCUUGAAAGGCUUGAAUUUUGUUAUAGAGCCAAGCAUGAAGGUGGGAGUUGUAGGCCGCACCGGAGCUGGUAAAUCAUCACUCAUAGCUGCACUCUUCAAAUUGGCCAAACUUGAAGGAGCCAUUCGAAUUGAUGACAUUGAUACCAAGACGAUUGGGCUGCAUGACUUGAGAGGAAAAAUAUCCAUAAUACCACAGGAGCCAGUGCUAUUUACCGCAACACUACGAGAUAAUUUGGAUCCCUUCCAUCAAUUCAAGGACGAUCAACUCUGGUCUGCUUUGGAAGAAGUAGAAUUGAAGGAUCACAGUCAAUCCCUGGAUUACUUAGUCACCCAAGGUGGUGCCAAUUUCAGCGUUGGUCAGCGACAAUUGCUCUGUCUAGCCCGAGCUAUUAUCAGGAAUAAUAAAAUCAUCGUUCUGGAUGAGGCGACUGCCAAUGUUGAUCCAGGCACUGACGCGCUCAUACAGCGAACGAUACGCAAAAAAUUCAGGGACUGCACAGUUUUAACGAUAGCUCACAGACUCAAUACUGUUAUGGAUAGCGAUCGAAUUCUCGUGAUGGAUCGCGGUCAAGUGGUAGAAUAUGAUUCUCCUCAUGUACUUUUACAGAAGGGGGGGCACCUGGCAAGAAUGAUAAACGAAACAGGUACUGUCAGAGUUGAUAGACUGAACAAUAUCGCAGAAAACUCAGAACGCAAUGGAUUUGAGCAACUCGACUAGUUCUUCAAAUCAUCAAUCAAAAUUCCACUUUCCGAGCAAUAUUCAGUGACUCACUGGGAAUAAAUCGAUUACAUCUAUCUAAUAAAGAGUGUCCUCUAUGAACGAUAAAA